AUGGUCAAGAAAACGGGCCCCUCCAAAAAGGCUGCUCCUUCAAAGCAAAGUUCGAGUUCAAAGCAGAGCUCCAAGAAGUCAUCUGCCCCGCUAGAAACCUCUUCACCAGCUCUACAAAGCGAAGAGCAGCAGCAGCGUCUUCUCAAUAUCUUCUCGAGUGCUUUCAACAAUGUUCUGACUUCAGAUGAUUUCUCAAGGCUGCUUCAGGAGAUAAAGCAAGCUUUGUUUAAUCGAGAAUUUGCUGCCGCUUUUGGGAGAGAGGACUACCUCGAAGCCUAUGCUGCUCGAUGGAGCCCCACACGAGCAUUAUGCUAUGCUGCCGUGUUUCUCAGUAUCAAGAAGCACCUUGACGGGAUUCUGAUUGCUAAGGAAGAGACGAAGGAUAACAAAAAUAUCACCAAGGAGGGCUCAGUAUCAUAUACAAAGAUCGCCGGGUCAACCCAGGAUGAUGCAAAUGACAAGCCUGAAGGGACUGAACUAGAAAUCUUUCAGGAUCUCAAACUUGACAGCACCUCUACUCGACGCAAUGCCGUUCUUCGAAUGUUGUCUGUAGGCGGCUGUGCAGCUGAGCACGUUGCCUUUGCCUCUUAUCUCCAGACAACUGCUACAGAUGGCCAUCUAACUCUUCUCGAUUCGGGCCCAUGGACAACGGUCAUUUCUCUUCUUGAAUCCAGCACCGUCAAUCCUCCACCUAUUUCAAAAUAUGCAUCCACGGCACGCCAGGCGGCCAAUCACCCACUGCUGGAAAAUAAUCAACUUUCACUGGACGUGGUGCAGCGAGAUGUCCUGGAUCUUGACAUGGACUCUCUUUCAGCGCAAUGUGCCAAUGGCAGAGUACCCAUCAUCUUGACUCUUCUCUUCACACUCAAUGAACUGUACACAACAGCAGGUAUCGGCAAGACGACGAAGUUUCUCAAGAAUCUUGGGCAGGUCCUGGCAUCUGAUAGCUUGGUCCUCGUAGUGGACAGUCCGGGAAGCUACUCUGAGGCAGCUUUGGGUAAAGAGAAGAAGAGAUAUCCUAUGCAAUGGCUUCUCGACCACACCCUCAUAGAAACUGAAACGCCUGGAUACUCCUGGGAAAAGCUACAGUCGGACGACUCCAUCUGGUUUCGUCUACCAGAAGGCUUGUCUUAUCCAAUCCCGCUCGAGAAUAUGCGCUACCAGAUGCACUUGUACCGCUUACAAAAGCCAUGA